ACUUAAAACAGUUUUUCUUUUCCUUUUUUUUCCUCUAUUUUUCACUUUGCUCUUCUUAGAAGAAAAAUCGAUCCUUUCUCUCUCUACAACCCCAUUUCGCUCUAUAUAUAAUCAAUCAUAUAAAUAUACAUUUGUUAAUUUUUUAAAGUGAUUAUUUUUGUUGUGUAAAUUUUGAUGUAAAGCCAAAAACUUUGAAAGGAACUGAAUUGGUUCAUUGAAAAACCAGAAAGUCUUUGCUUUUUUACAGAUUCUGGAGCUAAAGGAAUCUUGUUGGAAAGUUUGGCUACUUGGGUAGUUUGGAGUGUUAUUUGAGUCCUGCAUUGAUCAUUGAAUUCUGGAUUCUGGAUUUAGUUGGUGUAAUUUGGAGAAGGAAUUUUAGGUGGACUUUUCUUUUCUCGGCUCGGGUAAUCUGUAGAUAUGUCUAGUUUUGUGGGCGUUGUUGUCUCUGAUCAAUGGCUUCAUAGCCAAUUCACACAAGUUGAGCUUCGCAGCCUUAAAUCCAAGUUUGUUGGAUUAAAGAACCAAAACGGUAAAGUUACAGUUGAAGAUUUGCCGCCCUUGAUGGUGAAAUUGAAGGCUUUUAGUACUAUGCUUACUGAGGAAGAGAUUAGACAGAUAUUGUGCGAAUCCUAUAGUGACAUGAGCAAUGAGAUUGAUUUUGAAACAUUCCUCAGGGUGUAUUUAAAUUUGCAAGGUCAGGCUACAGGAAAAUUGGGUGGUCCAAAGAAUUCAUCAUCGUUCCUAAAGGCCUCCACAACCACUCUUCUUCACACAAUCAGUGAAUCAGAAAAGGCCUCUUAUGUUACACACAUAAACAUUUAUCUUGGGGAUGAUCCAUUUUUAAAGCAGUUUCUUCCGCUGGAUCCAGCUACGAAUGAUCUUUUCAAUCUUGCAAAAGAUGGAGUACUUUUAUGUAAGCUUAUCAAUGUUGCUGUGCCUGGAACAAUAGAUGAACGAGCUAUCAACACAAAACGGGUACUUAACCCAUGGGAGCGCAAUGAAAACCAUACCCUUUGUCUCAACUCUGCAAAGGCUAUUGGCUGCACUGUGGUAAACAUUGGCACCCAGGACUUGGUUGAAGGAAGGCCUCAUCUUUUACUUGGGUUGAUAUCUCAAAUUAUAAAGAUUCAACUGUUAGCAGAUCUCAACCUUAAGAAGACACCUCAGCUUGUGGAAUUGGUGGAGGAUAGCAAUUCGGAUAUUGAGGAACUUAUGGGGCUAUCUCCUGAGAAGGUUCUACUAAAAUGGAUGAAUUUCCAUUUAAAUAAAGGGGGCUAUGAGAAAACCGUCACAAAUUUUUCUUCAGAUUUGAAGGAUGCAAAAGCUUACGCUUACCUGCUUAAUGUUCUGGCACCAGAGCACUGUAAUCCAUUGACCCUAGAUGCUGAGGAUGCUGCCGAAAGGGCAAAACUGGUACUUGACCAUGCAGAGAGAAUGGGCUGCAAACGGUAUUUGAGCCCAAAAGACAUUGUUGAGGGCUCAGCAAACUUAAAUCUUGCGUUUGUGGCUCAAAUCUUUCAUCAAAGGAAUGGCCUGAGUAUAGAUAGCAGAAAGAUUUCUUUCGCAGAAAGGAUGACCGAUGAUGUGCAAAUAUCCAGAGAAGAGAGAUGUUUUCGACUAUGGAUCAACAGUCUUGGAAUUGCGAGUUAUGUUAAUAACGUCUUUGAGGAUGUUAGAAAUGGAUGGAUACUUUUAGAGGUGCUUGAUAAGGUUAGUCCUGGAUCAGUCAACUGGAAGCAUGCAUCGAAACCUCCAAUUAAGUUUCCAUUUAGAAAAGUGGAAAAUUGCAAUCAAGUAGUAAAGAUCGGGAAGCACUUGAAAUUUUCUGUUGUGAAUCUUGGUGGAAAUGAUAUAGUGCAAGGAAAUAAAAAACUCAUUGUUGCUUUCCUAUGGCAAUUGAUGAGGUUUAAUAUGCUUCAACUUCUGAAGAGUUUGAGAUCCCGCUCCCGAGGAAAGGAGAUAACUGAUGCUGAUAUCAUAAAUUGGGCGAACAGGAAAGUCAAAAGUACAGGAAGAACCACUCAAAUUGAAAGCUUCAAGGAUAAGAGCCUAUCCACUGGACUGUUCUUCCUUGAACUUUUAAGUGCUGUGGAGCCAAGACUGGUCAACUGGAACCUUGUAACCAAGGGUGAAAGUGAUGACGAGAAGAGAUUGAAUGCAACAUAUAUCAUAAGCGUGGCUCGAAAACUUGGAUGCUCCAUUUUCUUGUUGCCUGAAGACAUCAUGGAGGUAAACCAGAAAAUGAUCCUCACUUUAACAGCCAGCAUAAUGUACUGGUACCUUCAACACGCAGCGGAAGAGGGUGAGAUGAAUGGCAACGGUAGUACUUACACAUCAGAUGCAUCUCCGGCACCAUCCAUUAGUGGCGAAGAUGAAAGCUCCUCACUGUGUGGUGAAAUCUCAAGCUUCACCAUCGAUGAUGCAGCGUCGGACAUUACAGUCUCGUCAUCUCAAUUUGAGAAUGAAGAUGCUACUCUCGAAUAGGUGACAUUGAAUGGCAACUGUGUACCUCCAUACAUGAUCAGACCAAGUAGAACGGAAAAGAGUGAAUAUGGUUGCAGUUAGGUAGGGGUCUCAUACUCAUGCAACUAGACCCUGAACUGAAAGAAUUGUCUACUUUUUUUUUUUUUUUUUUUUUUCUAUUUCUUUUCAGAAUUAAAAGCUAGGAAAGAGCAAAAUUCUUCCCCGAAACACAGUAAAAAGAGAAAAAAAAAAUCCAACCGGCUACAUUUUGAAAAAAGAAAAAGUGCCGGAAUAUACGUUUAUAUAUGUAUUAUUUUAUUAAUUCCGUUGUUAGAAUCUAAAAAUUUUACGGAUGAAUAAUAUUCUUUGACAAUAAUAGCGUAAA